AUGUCCCCUCCUCACGUUGAGACUCAAUCUCAUAAGACGAUACCGAAUAUUUUCGAUAAAUCAGUUUCAACCCGUAUUAUAUCACCAAUCGGCGACUUGUAUCGCAAGACUCAUCCAUAUUUCGCCUCAGCAACGGCUAUUGUUAUGUUCACACUUUAUCAAUUGUUCGAUUGUGUGGAUGGGAAGCAUGCUAAGAACAUCAGGAACGAGUCACCAUUGGGUUAUCUCUUCAACCAGGCAUGUGAUAAUGUAGCAGUAAUCUUUAUAAUAAUAACUAUGGCAAUGCUCAUGGGGUUCGACCCUGAUAUCGAAUCUGAUGCUAGAUGCAUUUGGUAUUCAGUUCAAACAGGGCAAUUGGUAUUUUUAUGGUCUCAAUUAUCGGCAUUCAAGAAAGGCUUCAUAACGUAUGGCCUUUUUACAGGCCCUGGAGAGGCUUUAUUCGUUUUCCAAAUGGCGAUUGUUGUUAAGGUCCUCACUGGUUUCGACUAUUUCUGGGGUCCUAUAAGCCGUGUGUUGGCUAUGUUGCCGGAUGCACUCUCGGGAGAUCCUGUUAGCCAAGUCCAUACUGUUUACUACGCCUUUCUGAUAGCCCUUAUCAUUCGAGUAGCGGUAAUCAAAGAGACUCCAGCGACCAGGAAUAUCCUACUAUUCUGUCUGUUGUAUCGGACGGUGCCGAUGGUGGCUCGUAUGGCUCAUCGUGAUGUGCAUGGUUGGCUUGUCUUCAUGGCUAUGGUAUCCUUACUUGAUAAGUUGGCUAUUAUAGCCUGCGCAGUCUUUUACUACUGCUCGAUAUUCUACGAUAUUUGUUCGUACAUGAACCUGCCAAUGUUCACUCCAGUCAAGAAUGUCUAUAUUGACGGAGUCUUCGACCUAUGCCAUCUUGGUCAUAAAAAUCACAUUGCACGAGCAUUAAAUUACGGAAACCGACUCUUUGUAGGUGUCAUGAGCGACGAAGAUGUGCGGAAAUACAAGAGGGACCCCAUAAUGACAUUGGAAGAGAGAGUAGCAGAAGUACAAUCACUAAGGUGUGUGUAUAAGGUUAUCCCCAAUGCGCCUUGUUUCGGUAUGGAUAAAGAAUUCAUCCGAAAAUGGAAUAUCCAUGUUGUAUUGGCAAGCCCGGAGUAUGACAAGCCUGAUGACAACUAUUACAAGGUCCCAAGGGAAAUGGGCAUACUGCAGAUCAUGCCUCGAACAGAGGGGGUAUCAACAUCUGAUAUUAUCAAAAGGAUUAAGAACCGAACCGAUUUGGAUUGA